AUGACAACUGUAAACCGUGAAUCAGAAGGCUCUCAUCGAAAUCAAUCAACCAAGAAGCCUACUGAAGAGGAUUGUAAUGCAGACACGUGUACUAAAAAAGAGCUAACCAAGGAGUCUAUUGUUUCUCUUGAUGACGGUGUUGAUGAAGAGGAUUCUGAUUCAGACUCAUGGACGAGCAAGAUUAAAAAAACGGUAUCGCCAUGUGUGAUGUCUUUUGGAUUCAGAUUUUUUGGUUUAGUGCUUAUUUUUGUGGACAUUACACUUGUGAUUCUUUCUCUAUUGAUUGGUGACACAUAUGAGUCUGUUGAAUACACGAUUGGAAACAUCUCUUUGAGUAUAGCGCUAUUUUUCUUCAUAGAUGUAAUCCUGCAAGUGUUUAUUGAAGGCUUCAAAAAGUACUUCCACUCCAAAUUAAACAUUCUAGAUAGCAUCAUUGUUGUGGGUACAUUGUUGGUCGAUAUUGUAUAUAUUUCCUCUGACUUAGGUGGAAUAACCCUAAUUCCAAGGACAGUUAUCAUUUUUCGAAUGUUGAGGGUUAUAAUUCUGAUAAGAAUUUUUCGAUUGGCUUCUGAGACAGAACGACUUGAAAAAGUUGCCCGAAGGAUGGUCUCAGAAAAUAAAAGGCGUUACACAAAAGGUGGCUUUGAUUUGGAUCUCACUUACGUCACUGCUCGUGUUAUAGCAAUGUCGUUUCCAUCUUCUGGGCAGCAAGCUUUCUACAGGAAUCCUAUAUGGGAAGUUGCAAAGUUCUUGGAUACAAAACACGAAGACCACUACAAAGUCUACAAUCUUUGUAAUGAGCAGGGCUAUGACCCACAGUUUUUCCAUUAUAGAGUGGAGAGGAUGUUUAUUGAUGACCACAAUGUUCCCACUCUAGCGGAGAUGCUCAAAUUUACUGCUAAUGUGAGGCAAUGGAUGGAACAGGACAACCACAAUGUUGUAGCAAUACACUGUAAAGGUGGGAAAGGUAGGACUGGAACUAUGAUUUGCAUCUGGCUUAUUGACAGUGGCCAGUUUAAGAGCGCGAAGGAAAGUUUGGAGUACUUUGGUAAAAGAAGAACUGAUGAAAGUACUAGCACCAAGUUUCAGGGUGUUGAAACUCCAUCGCAGAGUAGGUAUGUUGAAUAUUAUACAACCCUGAAAUUAGAAUACAACCUGAUCCUCCCACCAGUGAAGCCUUUCAGAAUCAAAUGCAUAAAACUCUAUGCUAUCCAAGGAGUUGGUAAAGGCAAUGGGACUGAUUUCAGAAUAAAGAUAAUCAUGGAGAAGGAAGUAGCAUUUCAAUGCAUUUGUGCAACCCAAGUGAACUGCAAGUUGUUCCUUGAUCAUGAAAAUGACUUGGUAGUAAUUGGUUUGAAGAACUGUCCUGUCAUUAGAAAUGAUGUGAAAGUCAGAUUUGAAGCUAAUUCUGAUAUUCCAAAAGGCUAUGACGGCUGUGCUUUCUUUUUUUGGUUCCACACGGCUUUUAUACAGGACUAUCAACUUUACCUUCCAAGAAAUGAAAUCGAUAACCUAAACAAGCCAAAGAUGUGGAAGAUGUUCAGGGAAAAUUUUGCCGUGGAGUUGAAUUUCACUGAUCCGUGACUGAAGCAAGCAGACCGAUUUGAGGAUUGCAUAGUAAUUCAGUCAUCUAGUUUUGCACCUGCUGUGGAAUUGUAUUUUGAUGCUAUUCCUUCUCAGUAUGCAGAAAGAAUCACCUUGAAUGGAAAACUAAAAAGCGUCCUAGCGCUAUCAUGAUUACAAUAAUUAAUUUUGCCAUCUGGAUUGUGUGUGAGAAAAUUAGAAGGUCUUCAGUGAGUUUUACUACUUUCUUCUGUUCCUACCCCUCUUUGUAAACUCAACAGUAAGUUCAUAAGCUCUUCAUCAUCUUAAUCUGACCUU